GCCUUCCCGCUGCUGGUGCGCGGGGACUGGGGCUCCGCCGAGCCGCCCCCCGCCCUGAGGAAGAAGCUGCUCUGCUACUUCCAGAGCCAGAAGCGCUCGGGAGGCGGCGAGUGCGAGCUGCGGGCCGGCACCGACGCCGAGACCGGGACCGGCCACCUCCUCGUCUGCUUCGCCUGCCCCGAGGAGGUAAACACGGUCUUGGAAAAGAAGCAUUUGCUGGAACAGACGCUGAUUUCUGUGCAUCCCUAUUACCAGUCCCUGGGAACAGCUCUCUACGGAGGAGAAAGACCAACUAUCAGGAUGCCAGACCCCGUUGGGGUGCCACUAGACCCAUAUGUCUGGCAGUUUUUACAAAGGCACGAUAACCUGAUCCGAGGCAUAAACCAGGAAAUGGCAGUUUGCCAUUGUGAGCUCAAGUGGCCCCAGGCACACUGUGCAAACCCCAAAGUCACGUUGUGCCCAUCGUCAUCUCUCUCCGAGCAGAAGACGACAAUGAUUAAGCUGAUCAAGACGUGGAAGCAAGAUGCUUCUACUGAGUUCUCACGUAUCAUGGCAUGUUACACAACUAUAAAAUGUAAAGUAAACCCUGCAGAUUGGGGAGAUGUGAGAAACAGGUUGUUGGAAGAUGUUUCUUUGAUGGUAACUGAUGUUUCUGAGGACGUGGUGGUGAUGGCAGGCAGCAGAGCAGCAGUGGAGAGGGCGGAGAAGGAAGUGAGGGAAUGCAUGGAAAAGGCCAUGAAGCAAAGUGAAAGGGAAAAACAAAGCAUAGAAAUGUCUGUGCCGGUGAUCCCAGGGAAGUAUGCUGUGCUGCACAAUGCUGGGUUAGAAGAGAAUAUUCACAAGGAAUAUCCGUGCCUCAAGAUCUGUUAUGAUGACAGAAAAAAGGCUGUUCAGUUGCGGGGAUUGCCUGCAGAAGUCUAUAAAAUCAAAGCUGACUUACUGGAAAAGGUGUUGAGUAUGCCUUGUGCAUCAGUGUCCAUUGAACCCCUUGUUUUCCACUAUCUACAGGAUUUAGAUAAUAAAAAAACAUCAGAUAUGUUAUUCCUUCAGAAAAAAAUUAAUAGCUUUUAUGAACUUGAGGAGGAUACCGUGCUGCUGUACGGAGAUACUCACAGAGAUCUUUUAGAAGCAGAAAAGCAAAUAAAAACCGGCUUAGAAUCCAAGUGCAUCAAUGUGGAGGACGGCGAGGUCAUUAAAAAAGAGCAGUGGAAGAAACUUCUUGCCUCCUUGCAUGAGACAUACAGUUCUUCCCAGGAAAUGGUAAUCACUGUGCAAUCUGUUGGAAAAGAAAAUAAAGUGAUGAUUGCUGGCUUUUCUAAGGCUGUAACAGAGGUUUAUCAGAAGCUUAAUGAUUUUAUAGAUAAAAACACACUUGUGGAAAAAAUAAUCCCAGCAAAUUCAGUGGUGGUAGAGUUCAUAGAGAAGGAGAAAUCUGGUGCUUAUUGUGACUUGAGGAAGAAAGGUGUGACAGUAUGUUUUGAUAUCAAGACACCAUGUAUUUCCCUGAGGGGACCAAGAGCAGAAGUGCCAGAAGCAGUCAAGAUGUUUGAAAACCUUGUCUCAUCCCUUUACUCAAAAGAUGUGCCAAUUGAUAAGCCAGGAGCCAAAGAGUUCUUCAUUGAGAGAAAAGAUUCAUGUGUUUUUGAAGCAAAGCAGAAAUUUAGCUGUUUCAUUAGGAUCAAGGAAGAAGAAGAAAAACAGCAGCAAUGGGAGGGUGAUAAAGGGAAAAGAAAGCUGUACUACAAAACAAGACUGCCACAUGGCAUUGUAGUAGCAGUGUAUAAAGGUGACUUGAGUGAUUAUCCCGUUGAUGUUGUGGUGAAUGCAUCUAACGAAGACCUAAGGCACAUCGGUGGCCUUGCUGAGGUGCUGUCAAGAGCUGCUGGUCCAGCACUGCAAGAAGAGUGCGAUGAGCGGGUGAGGAUGACCGGGCGUUUCCAGCCCGGGAGCGCAGUUCUCACAGGCGCUGGGAAACUCCCCUGCAAGAGUGUCAUUCAUGCUGUUGGGCCCAGGUGGAGGAAGGAAGAGCCAGAAAAGUGUAUAUGGUUGUUAAAAAAGGCAGUGAAGAAAAGUCUAGAACUAGCUGAAACAUACAAUUGUUGUUCCAUAGCUCUGCCUGCUAUAAGCGGAGGCAUUUUUGGCUUUCCACUGCAGACAUGUGCAGAAUCAAUUGCAUCCGCCAUCAAGGAGACCUUGGAAGGAUCCAUGGGGGACAGCAGCUUGAAGGAGGUCCAUCUUGUGGAUAAUGCAGAAGGAACUGUUCAGGUUCUAAGUGAGACAGUAAAAGAGGUGUUUUCAGGUAAAUCAUCUUCCCCAAAACUGCAUGUGGAAAGCUGUAAGCUGAGAAAGAGGCAGAAGGAGAAGACAAAAGAGGGUGUGAAGAUGGUUACAACCAAUGAAGGACUUUGCAUCCGUGUAGAGGAGAAAAACGCUCAGGAAGCCACGACGGAUGUUGUUGUCAACAGCGUUGGCCCAGAUCUGCAGUUUGGUGUGGGGCCUCUUUGCAAAGCCUUGCUGGAAAGAGCUGGACCAGAACUCCAAGUAGAGUUUGACAAAGAAAAACGAAGUCAGGCUUCUGGUCCAGGGAGUGUGGUCUGCACCAGUGGACAUGCUCUGGCCUGCAACUCCGUGUUUCAUGCCAUACUACCUGGGUGGAAUGGAGGACAGACAGAGAAGGUCUUACAAGAUGUAAUCAAUUUCUGCUUGAAGAAAGCUGAGGAACUUGGACUGAAAUCAAUUUCUUUCCCAGCUCUUGGGACUGGUGGAUUUGGAUUUCCUAAAAGCCUUGUUUCUAAGUUAAUGUUUGAUGUGGUGUUUGAGUUCAGUCGAAGUCACACUGUGAAGAAUCUCCAGGAAGUUCAUUUUCUCUUGCAUCCAAAAGACAUUGAUAAUGUUCAGGCUUUUACCACUGAGCUAAAACAUAGGAUAGCUGCAAGUGGCAGUGCUGCAGCACCACAGCCAGGUUUCACUAGCCCUGUUUCUACUGAAGUCUUGGGAGUUUAUGAAAUGAAGAUUGGUUCCAUCACACUCCAAGUACUUAGUGGAGAUAUUACCAAGGAAGAUACAGAGGUUAUUGUAAACAUAGCAAAUCCGUCUUUUGAUGUCAAAACAGGAGUCUUCAAAGCCAUUAUGGAUGCUGCUGGUUGCCAGGUGGUAAACGAAUGUGCUCAGUAUGCUGGGCAGCAUCAAAGUGCCUUUAUUACUACACAGGGUGGAAAUCUGUUGUGCAGUAAAAUCAUUCACUUGCUUUCCAGUAACGACGUGAAGUGUCAGGUCUCCAAAGUGCUUAAGGAGUGUGAGCAAAAGAUGUACAAAUCUGUUGCCUUCCCAGCUAUUGGAACAGGUCAAGCAGGACAGAGUCCAGCAAAGGUGGCUGAUGAAAUGUUGGAUGCCAUAGUAGAGUUUGCAAGCAAAAAAUCAGUACAGCAUUUGCAGACAAUUAAAAUCGUCAUCUUCCAGACAAAUAUGCUGAAGGACUUUUAUGAAAGCAUGAAGAAAAGAGAAGAUUUGGAUUCAUCCACCGCAGAUUCAUGGUUUUCUGUGUUUAAAUUUUCUCCCCCAGAAAUUACUAUUUCUGGUAUUAGCAGGGAUGUCUGGUUUGUUUUGGUAGAAGUUCAAAAAAUGAUCCAAAAAAUGAAGGAUGCUGAAGAAGAACAAUCCAAGGCAGAACUUCUUUCUAAGCUGGUGGAAUGGAGGUAUCUAGGAAGCAACGAUACCUUUGUUGCUUUCGAUAAAUACACAAAUAUGCAGCUGGAGAAUGCCAAACGAGCAAAGAAACCAUAUAUUGAUGUCAAAAUUAACAAGAAGAACUACAAGGUGGAUCUAAAUACUCAACAGGCUCGUGAUAACCAUGGAAAAACUAUAAACAUUCAGCGUGUGUCAAGGACUGAAGAGCUCCCUAAGGAGUGGGAAGACAUGCAAGAUGAAGGUGUCAGAGUGGUGAAUCUCAAUCCAUCGCAUCCGCAUUACAAAGCAGUUGAGAAGAGCUUUAGGACAACCUGUGCCAACUUUACCAUAGAGAAGAUUGAAAGAGUACAAAAUCCCUUCCUCUGGCAGUCAUACCAAUUAAAAAAAAAAUCUAUCUGUAGAAAGAAUAAAAGGGAAAAUAAUGAGAAGUUGCUAUUUCAUGGGACUACUGCAUCCUCACUGAGCAAGAUCAACCACUCUGGAUUUAACCGCGGGUUUGCUGGAAGGAAUGCUGCAGCCUUUGGAAACGGAACCUACUUUGCUAUUAACGCAAGUUAUUCUGCUCAGGAUCGGUAUUCUGUUCCAGAUUCAAAUGGGAAAAAACACAUGUACUUGGCUCGGGUCCUCACUGGGCAGUACUGUGCUGGGGCUGCUGGACUAAUCACUCCACCACCAAAGAACCCAGCCGACCCUACUGACCUGUAUGACAGCGUGGUUGAUAAUGUGUCUAAUCCAACAAUUUUUGUCAUUUUUAAUGACAUUCAGGCAUAUCCAGAAUACCUUAUUACUUUCAAACAAUAGAACAAUCUUAAUAGUCUGGAAAAUUUUAGUGCCUUUUUACAUGUGGGAAUUGACAUGGCAAUUCUUUAUUCUUAUGUUUAGGUUUCUUUAGGUAGUUAUUGAUCUAUCCAUGUGUUUAAAUGUCUUCAACAGGAGAAUCAACAUAAGCCAGUAUUCUAGG